UGCCUCACCGGUGCCUUCCUCAGGCCAGACGUGUUGCAUACUCUUCUGCUACGAAGUCCUGUCCAGAAUCCCCUCCAUCGAAGACAUCACUCGCCCAGCAUGGCGGACAACUUCGACGACGUCCCCGACUCCACAGACUGGCUCUCGACGCCUUUGUCAGGGCUAUCGGCCGUCGAAGCCGCGCUGCGAUGCCAAGUAUGCAAGGACUUCUUCAAGACGCCCAUGCUCACGUCCUGCUGCCACACCUUCUGCUCGCUAUGCAUCCGCCGCGCUCUCUCCAACGAAGGCAAAUGCCCGCUCUGCCGCGCCUCGGACCAGGAACUGAAGUUGAGGAGUAACUGGGCCAUGGAGGAGAUUGUCGAGUCGUUUACAAAGGCGAGGAAAACGACAUUGCAGUUCGCCAGGACCGCCGGCCAGGCCUCCGCCGGAGGCUCGUCACCAAAGAGGAAGCUUGUGGAGGAAGACUCCGCGCCGGAACACCAGCCCGAGACGAAGAGACUUAGGAGCUCAGCGAGACUCAGCAGGACAAGGGCGGGCCAGUCAACAACGGUGGUAGACCUAGAGGAUGAACACAAUCCAGAGCCCAGAGAAGAGGAAGAGGACGACGAAGCAGACGACGCAACAUUCACACCAGAAGACGGUCUCGUCCCCUGCCCAAUCUGCCAAACCCGCAUGAAGCAAUUCCAAGUUUUUAGCCACCUCGACAAAUGUCCUGGCCCCCAGCCGCAGCCCUCCCGUCCCAGCGCGAGUCGCACUCCGACCCCGAACACGCCUGCGCGUGGCGCCGCUCCUCCGCGCCAGACUCCGGCUCCCGAGCGCCUCCCCGCCAUCGCCUACUCCAUGCUGAAAGACGUUGCCCUCCGCAAGAGAAUGUCCGACCUCGGCCUCUCCACGAACGGCACGCGGCAGCAGCUCGAGAAGCGCCAUAAGGAGUGGGUGACGCUGUGGAACGCAAACUGCGACUCGGCGCGCCCAAAACGCCGCGCGGAGUUGCUGCAUGAUCUUGACGUGUGGGAACGCACACAGGGUGCGAAGGCGCCCAUGUUCGCGGCCCGCCCGGGGGCCGCAGUCAAGGACAAGGAGUUUGAUGGCGCGGCGUGGGCCGUGAAGCACGACGACUCGUUCAAGGACUUGAUUGCGAAUGCAAGGAAGAGCAGGGCGCAGGCGAAGCAGAAGACGGAGGAGGCGGCUGCUGAAGAUGCUACGGCACAGAAAGAGUCGGAUGCUGCUACACCAGGACUCGUGGAGAACACAGAGAGGGUGAAGAGUUUAGAGAUGGUUGAGACCGCAGGAGCGGAGGUCAUGAUGGUUGACCUGACGGAGCCCUCUGUAGGCCCCGUGGCCACUCCCGCGCCCGAGGCUGCGAUUCCAAAACCGCCCUCAUCGGCAUAUUAUUUGCAGGACGGCUUUUCAGAGCAGAUACCCGCGGUGGACAUUGGCGCAACAAAUAGCCAAGAAGCACGAAGUCAUGGCCUCUAUGCAGCUUGUGGCUGCGGCCGUUCCUCCAACUCCAAGUUCUCCAGGUCUUCUGCCGUCUCCCUCGAAGGCGUCUUCUCUCCCGAAGGUUCCGUCACGGGCGCCUUCAGCCCUUGCAUCUCUGCCUCGAGUCUCUUCUCCAUCUCCUCCGCCUCCUUGGCCUCCUCCGCCUCUCUCCUCGCCCUCUCCUUGGCCUCCUCGGCUUCUUUCUUUGCCCUCUCCUUCGCCUCCUCCUUCUCCCUCUCCUCGCGCUCCAUCUCCGCCAACUCGUCGUCGACCUCCACCUCAUCCGCCGGCGCCGCGUUCGCAUCCGCAAUGAUGUCGCCCACCUCGUCCACCUCGCCCAUCUGCUCCCGCAGCGAGGCGACCACGUCCCCGACCCGGUCCGCCCCGCCGACCUUCUCGUUGAGCCCCUUGAGCGCCCCCGCGCUCGCCUCCAUAACCUUCACGAGCUGCACCUGGUCGCGCGCCGUCUGGAUCCUCGCUGCCACGUCCUCCAGCUGCCCCAGCGUCGCGAAGCGCGUCUGCAGCGAGUUCUCGGCCACCUUCUUCGACUUGAGCGCCGCCAUCGCCGCCACCUUGUUCUUCUUCGCGACGGCCUCCUUCGCGGUGACCGUGAGCUCGUCGAUGCGCGUGGAGAGCAGCGCAGUCUGCUUCUGCAGGUCCUCGAUGAGUUCCUUCAGAGACGAGACCGCGGCGUCCUCCUCCGUUAUAGCAGCCUCGUCCUCGUCCGCCCCUAUCCCCUUGAUCUUGACCACCUUGCCGUCAUACACCACCAGCCCCUUGUCCCGCGACAGGAAGACGAGCAGAAUGUCGACGUCCUUCUCGGAUAGCCUCCUCUGCUCGACCAACGCGUCCGCAAACGUCUUCUGGAAGUGUGUCUUCGUAUACGUGCGGUCGAAUCUCGUGUCCGCGGGGCUGACCUUCUCCGCGAGCUUCUUGGCCGUGGUCUCGACGUUCUUGAGCACGACGAACUGCCCCUUAGGCAGCUUGUCCUCGCCCGACGUCGACCCGCCGCCGAACCCGAGCUGCCCCGCCGCCCACGACACGACGCUCCACGGCACCUGCGACCACGUCUUGGCGUAUAUGCUGUCCUUUGCGCCGAGGAACUCUUUGACGGGGUAG